UGUUUGUUACUCGAGUACAAUAUCUCUCGAAGAGCAUUAAUUUAUUGUCGUCGAGGUCAGUGAAAAGCAUAAAAAUGGUGUUAAAUAAACUCAGCAUCGACAAGUUGGACGUAACCGGCAAAAGGAUACUGAUGAGGCUGGACUUCAACGUCCCCAUGAAGGAUGGAAAGAUAACCAAUAAUCAACGAAUUGUUGCUUCCCUCGACACGAUCAAAUAUGCUUUGGACAAGAAGGCCAAAGCCAUUAUCAUAAUGUCACAUUUGGGACGACCGGAUGGUAAUAAGAACCUGAAGUACACUAUGAAACCUGUGGCAGAUGAACUGAAAAAUCUGCUGAACCACGAAAUUAUCUUCCUGGACGAUUGUGUCGGUCCUGCUGUGGAAGCUGCUUGUGCUGACCCAGCAGCUGGUUCCAUCAUUUUAUUAGAGAACAUGAGGUUCCAUGUGGAGGAGGAGGGAAAGGGUGUUGGGCCUGAUGGCAGCAAGGUUAAAGCUGACAAAACGAAGGUCGAAGAGUUUCGUGCUGCUCUGAGGAAGCUCGGUGAUGUUUAUGUGAAUGAUGCCUUCGGAACUGCCCAUCGUGCUCACAGCUCGAUGAUGGGAGAUGGAUUCGACGUCAGGGCUAGUGGAUUUCUCAUGAAGAAGGAGCUUGAUUACUUCGCAAAAGCUUUGGAUAAUCCUGAGAAACCAUUCCUCGCUAUUCUUGGGGGUGCCAAGGUCGCUGAUAAAAUCCAAUUGAUCAAUAAUCUGUUGGAUAAAGUUAAUGAAAUGAUUAUUGGGGGCGGUAUGGCGUACACUUUUCUGAAGGUCACCAAGGGAAUGAAGAUUGGCAACUCUUUGUUCGACGAAGAAGGAUCGAAAAUCGUGAAUGAUCUCCUCGAGAAGGCGAAGAAGAACAAUGUUCAGAUUCAUCUGCCUGUUGACUUUGUCACUGCUGAUAAAUUUGCUGAGGAUGCGGCUGUAGGAGCUGCUGAUAUUGAAUCUGGAAUCCCUGACAACUGGAUGGGCCUAGAUGUUGGACCCAAAUCCAGAGAAUUAUUCGCUGAACCCAUUAAACGAGCUAAGAUCAUCGUGUGGAACGGUCCAGCCGGUGUUUUCGAGUUCGAGAAUUUCAGCAAAGGGACAAAGGCCCUGAUGGAUAGCGUAGUGGAAGCUACAACACGUGGAGCCAUCACGAUUAUUGGUGGAGGUGACACAGCUACUUGUGCUGCCAAAUGGAAGACCGAGGACAAAGUCAGUCACGUUAGCACUGGAGGUGGAGCUAGUUUGGAGUUGUUGGAGGGAAAAGUGUUGCCGGGUGUUGAUGCUCUUUCACCACUAUCGUAAGAUUAAUGUGAUGUUAGAGAAUUAUUCUGGGAAUCAUAGACUUUCUCAUAAGUUAUUGUGAUCAUUGAUUAUCAUUAGUAGAUGAAUCUACGUGUUGCUGAUUUUUUGAAAGACACAGUUUUACUGGAAGUCCAAUACAACUAUCUACAGAAUUCAUCAGUUUUUUCAAUGAAAUUAUUUUUGUCUUCACGAACUAUUAGACAAUGAAUUGUUAAUCGCAUUCAUAAAUCUGGGUAUAUCUUACACAUGUUGCUGUUCGAUUACACGGGUUUAAUGAAUUUAGGUACAUUACACACAGAAUGAGAGGUUGAAAUAAAAUUCAUGGUGGUCAAUAACUA